ACCACCUUCAGCCAUUUUAGACAUGUUGGGAGCUGUAGGACGCUGCUGCACCGGUGCUCUGCAGGCGCUUAAGCCAGGGGUUAGCCCCCUGAAAGCUAUCAAGGGGGCUCCUGCAGCUUUAUACUCACACAGAAACUAUGCUGCACAGGCAGCUCCAUCUGCAAAGGCUGGCCCUGCCAGAGGCCACAUUGUGGCAGUCAUUGGGGCUGUUGUGGACGUCAAGUUUGAUGAGGGCCUGCCUCCAAUUCUCAAUGCACUGGAAGUAAGCGGUCGUGACACAAGACUGGUCUUGGAGGUGGCACAGCAUCUUGGUGAGAGUACUGUGCGUACUAUUGCUAUGGAUGGUACAGAAGGUUUGGUUCGUGGACAGAAAGUCCUUGACACAGGGGCUCCCAUCAGAAUUCCAGUUGGUCCUGAAACCCUGGGCAGGAUUAUGAAUGUCAUUGGUGAGCCAAUUGAUGAGAGAGGUCCAAUCAGCACCAAGCACACUGCUGCAAUCCAUGCUGAAGCUCCUGAGUUUGUAGAAAUGAGUGUUGAGCAAGAAAUCCUGGUAACUGGUAUCAAGGUGGUAGAUCUGCUGGCCCCCUAUGCCAAGGGUGGUAAGAUUGGUCUUUUUGGAGGUGCAGGUGUUGGCAAAACUGUACUUAUUAUGGAACUGAUCAACAACGUGGCCAAGGCCCAUGGUGGUUACUCUGUGUUUGCUGGGGUGGGAGAACGUACCCGUGAGGGCAAUGACUUGUACCAUGAAAUGAUCGAGUCUGGCGUCAUCAACCUGAAAGACACCACUUCUAAGGUAGCGCUGGUGUAUGGUCAGAUGAAUGAGCCCCCUGGUGCCCGUGCCAGAGUUGCUUUGACUGGGCUGACUGUUGCUGAAUAUUUCCGUGAUCAGGAAGGACAGGAUGUGCUGCUUUUCAUUGACAACAUCUUCAGGUUCACCCAGGCUGGCUCUGAGGUGUCUGCCCUGCUGGGCCGUAUCCCCUCUGCUGUGGGUUACCAGCCAACCCUGGCUACUGAUAUGGGUACCAUGCAAGAGAGAAUUACCACCACAAAGAAAGGUUCCAUUACAUCGGUGCAGGCUAUCUAUGUGCCUGCUGAUGACUUGACUGAUCCUGCUCCAGCCACUACUUUUGCUCACUUGGAUGCCACCACUGUGUUGUCCCGUGCUAUUGCUGAGUUGGGCAUCUACCCAGCUGUCGACCCUCUGGACUCUACAUCUCGUAUUAUGGACCCCAACAUUGUUGGAAAUGAGCACUAUGAUGUAGCCCGUGGUGUGCAGAAGAUCCUUCAGGACUACAAAUCCCUUCAGGAUAUCAUUGCUAUCCUGGGUAUGGAUGAGUUGUCUGAAGAGGAUAAGCUUAUUGUUUCUCGUGCUCGUAAGAUUCAGCGUUUCCUGUCCCAGCCCUUCCAGGUUGCUGAAGUCUUCACAGGUCAUGCUGGAAAACUGGUUCCCCUUAAAGAGACCAUUAGUGGAUUCAAGAGCAUUCUUGCUGGUGAACAUGACAGUCUGCCAGAGCAGGCCUUCUAUAUGGUAGGUCCUAUUGAAGAGGUAAUCCAGAAGGCAGAAAGACUGGCUGAAGAACACUCAUAAAUGACUUUAAACCACCCCCAGCUGGCUUUCCCUUUCAGGAAAAAAAGCACUUGGCUUGUAACAUGGUAUAAUAUUCCAAACUGUCUCAGAUGUCUUGUCAUCAUGAAAAAAAUGUUCUAUUUAAUGUUCCGAUUUAAAUGGGGUAGAUGGAAAUAAAAUCUGUCUUGUUAAGUUUUA